UCUACCACAGCUUCAAGGAAAGAGAAGAAUGUCAUUCCCAAUCUGCUCCACCAACAAGAGUGAUCCCCCCAUCCCUGCAGAGAUCCAUGAGUCAGCAGGACCCCCCUCCUAUGUCAGUCCUCAGGUACAACCUCUUCAGCUGGGAAUGAUGGAUCCUUUUAACUACAGCGCUGUGGCCGGUCCGUCACAGCCCUCAGACUCCCUGGGGUGUGUUCCUGAGGCCGUUCAGUGGAGCUUGAACACAGAUUUACAAACCUCAGCCUCCAGUGUGUGUUCCCCACCCAGAAUGGAACAGCAGUGUGAGGGAGGGGCAUCUGUGGACCCGCCCCCUCACAACAACAUCACUGUGCCUAUAUUAUGUACAGUGAGUACAGGUGGACUGGUUUGGCUCAGGAACCUGUUUCAACCAAAACCCCAAUGCCAGAAUUUACAUCCUGCACCAGCGAAUGUGAACGAGAACCGGACCCUGAACAAAGAUCAUUUGGGGACUCACAUUCAGGGAGAUUUCACAGACACCAUGACUCCAACCUCACCUGCACCUUACUGUAGCUGCUUUGCCAAUGGAUUAAUGUGCAACAACUGUAACUGUUCCAACUGCUUCAAUAAUGAGGAGCAUAAACUAUGGCAUCUCAGGGCAGUACAGUCGUGUCAGAAACGUAACCCCAACGCCUUCAGACCAAAGGUCAUCCAGGCGUUGUCCAGAGGGGUCAAAGGUUGGCAUGCUAAAGGAUGCAAGUGUAAACGCUCUCACUGUUUGAAGAACUACUGCGAGUGUUUUGAGGCGGAUAUCUCGUGCACCCCCACCUGUAAAUGCGUCGGCUGUAUGAAUAAGUUUUGA